AUGUUUGUUGGACCUGCAAGCGCGCAGGCGCGAGGGACGGCCGGGGCGACAGACUGGGAAGCCGCAGCCAAGUUCUACUCUGCCGUGCGGCAGCAAGUUGUGCACACUGGAGCGGAGACCGAAAGCAAAGGAGACCCUUUGGCGCAAGACGCAGACAAGGAAAACGCGAGGGACACGGGCUCGAAGAAUGUGGAGGAACAACACACCGUCGGCACGCAGAAUGCGUGCUUUCCUCACAGAGAAAAGAGACGAAAAUCCUGUGACGGCUCGUACUUCUCCUCUGUGGAUGUGGACGCCGGCAUCAAGCCUCCUGCGGAAAAGUCGGACACUGAACACGCCGCGAACGCUGGUCCGAAGCAAGCUCCCGCAGGGGAAGAAGACUCCACACGUGGCGUCCAAGAGAGUGAACAGGACGAAGACUUGAUCAGCGCUCUUCUUAAGCGAGUAGAUCAGCAUCCUCAUGACUACGAAGCCUCGCAGCAACUUGUCACCGCCCUAUCCCAUACGGACAGGCUGGAUGACUACGAAUCUGCUUUGGAGCGAAUUCUGUCUGAGUUUCCUCUCUUGUUCGGUUACUGGAAAAAGCUGGGCAAAUUCCACAUCGAAAAAAGACGUAGCUGGCCCGACGCAGAGCGCGUCCUGGAGCGGGCAUGUGAAUUUGUUGGCCACAAUCCCAUGAUUUGGGUCGCGUAUCUGGAGUGGAUGAAAGAAGCAUGCAGUCUGACCAAAGAAGCGACACGCGUAACUAUGGACAAAGCUGUGCAGGCGGCAGGGCUGCAUUGGAAGGCAUGGCCGCUGUGGCAAGCGGUUCUGGACUUCGACGAAAACGAGUACAAAGAAGCAUGUGGACGUCUGGCUCUGAGCGUCCAGCAACAACCUGAUGACGGGGAGCACGUGGAUGAACCGAACGAUGUCGCGGACAUUCUGAGGAGAGAGGAGCUGAAAAUACAUGCAACACGGCGCAGAGAGGCGGCCAUUCAACGCCUUCGGCUCAUGUACCACAGGUUACACUCCACCCCCUUAGAGUCUCUGGACCUCGCGUGGGAGCGGUUCAAGUCUUUGCUUGGCAAAGAUGAGACAUCGUCGGCGAGCGGAAAACCCAACGUUGGUCUGCUGGACGCAGGUUUGGUUGACGAAGAAGCCUUGGCUUCGUUCACAAGUCAGCACGCAGUCGACGAAGCGGGGUGGGCGGUACGCGAGAAGCUCUUUGCAGAAACUGCACAUCAAGCGGCUGCACGUCUGGCCUUUGAGAAAGGGGCGCACAGGUGGUUCUGGCAUCCGGACCCGCUGACGCCUCAGCGUGUGCAAGCUUGGAGAGAUUACCUCGACUUUGAAGACCAGCAUGGGACUCCAGAGAGAAGGGCCAUGCUCCGCGAGCGGUGUUUGGAGGUCUGUGCGUCUUAUCUCGAAUUUUGGCAACGCUUCGCCCAGCAACUCAUUGAGGAGAAGAAGCCUGAGGAAGCACUUAACCUCCUCCACAGAGGUGCUUACACUAUUAUGAAGAGAAGGCGAGACAUUGCAUUCGCAUACGCACUGACAGCGGAGCGCCUGGGAAAAUUUGAUGAAGCGACACAAGCGUACAAUCGGCUGCUGGAACCCCCACUCUCUCCGGUCUACUUGAAAUACUAUCUGGGGUGGAUAAGCUACCAGCGACGCCGAGGCGAAAUCGACCGAGUCUUGCAGCUCUACGACGAAGGUCUGGUCCGGUUCGGUGCCCAGGAGCAUUGCUGUGAAAUGCUGUAUUUGCAGAAAGCCAAUUUCCUCCUUUAUGUCCAAGGGAACGUCAAUCAAAGCGUAAGCUGCUUAAGUAAAGCCCUGGCCGCGCUUCCCAAGAGCGUUUGCCUCCUUCAGUUGCUCAUUCGAUUUCUCCAGAUUAAACACAAGGGGGACCCAGAAAGAAUGUUCUCCUCUGCAAGUCCGUACUUCGCGGAGGCUCUUAAAAACGCAGAGAUGACAGCGUGGAACAAGUGGCAAAUCUGGAAGAUGUACGUUCGGUUUCUGGAAGCCUAUGCUCCCACAGUGGCGCAGAUCCAAGAUGCGAAGGCGGAGGCUUUUGCUUUUCUUCGUGCUAACCGGAGUGACUUUGUCCACCUGGCGCCUAAGGCCUUUCGCUUGCGGAUUCCUGAGGAUCUGCGGGCUGAAACGGAAUCUUCAAGCGAAGACAAUGCGUUUUACUCAGCGGUCCCGGGUCUGCCGUACGCGGAGAACGUCGCAGAUCCAUGGCUGGGUCAGACGGCAUAUUCUACGGAAUGCAAUGAGGUAAGGCAAGCAUUGUUUUAA